ACAGCUUGUUUGUAGUCCAGCCGCCUGUCAAUCAGGCCAGUGACUCGUACUCUUGGCACUGUGCAAAUUUAACCAGCGCCGCUGAAAAAGCUUAUCAGGAGUCGGCUGUUCACUUUCUCUGGCUGGGACAUCUCCGCCUCAUGCCUCCUCCAUCACUACCACUAUGUUGCUGGUCCUAUGAACUGGACUGAAGCUCAGACCUACUGCAGAAAGACAUACACAGACCGGGCCACCAUUGAAAACACUGAAGAAGUGAAUCAACUUAUCAACACAGUUUCCUCUUCUGGUCUCAGCUCUGAUGUCUGGAUUGGCCUGUACACUAAAAUCAACUGGAGGUGGUCAGACGGCUACACGGGGACAGGAGCUGGAUUUAGGAGCUGGCAUAACUAUGAAAACGAACCAAACUUUAAAGCAGCUUCUGAAUUCUGUGUGACCAUUGGAAAGGAUGGAGUUUGGUGGGAUGAUAGAUGCUCUAGACAAUUUCCAUUUAUCUGUUACAGAGGAACACAGCUGGACCCUGAAUUUGUUGCUGUGAUUGAACCAAUGAGUUGGUCCAGUGCUCAGAGUUACUGCAGGAAGAACUUCACAGACCUGGCCAAUGUGAGGAACAACACUGAGAAUCUGAAGAUCGGGAGCUUGGUGCCAUAUGGACAUGUGGCAUGGUUUGGUUUGUUCAGAGAUCCUGACAUGUACUGGUCUGAUGGGAGUGGCUUCUCAUUUUCAUACUGGAACACAGAUAUUAACCCAUUAGGCUCGAUGAGUGUCGUAUGUGGUGCUGCUUUGCAGAGUUCAGGAAGUUGGAAGUUUCUUCCCUGUGAAACCAGAUUACCAUUUGUCUGCUACAGCGUCCCUGUGAGGAGGCAGGCGGUAAAGCUGAGGUUGAAGCUGGAGGACUCCUCUGUGGAUCUGAAUGACCCUGCUGUGAAAGCAGACAUGCUGAAAAAGCUCCAGGACAGGCUGAAGGAGAAAGGGGUGAGUGGAGUCACCCUGAAGUGGAGAGAGCAGCCUGAUGGGAAAGUCUUCCACAAGGAGGACAAGCCUGAGCUCUAAUGGCGCGUUCCAGACCGGUCGGUGCAUGACGCCAAAUGUAAACGAUAAACAUGGCUGACCAAACUUAUGUUUCUUUGGCAGGUUGAUAUACAGUUACACCCUCAGCAGUGCACUUGGUGUUUAUUAAAAACAAGUGAUAAAUAUACGUUACUCGUUAACUGUGUAUCCUUCUAGCUUCGUCAGUUGGUAAUCCUCAAAGUCAGCAAAGGUUUUAUGGGAUAUUUCCAAAUGACUUCACAUGUCUGGGUAUUUUUAACACUUUCCUGAAUAACUUUUGGGCAGAGAAGAUGACUUUCACAGAUUGUUUACUGUAACCAGCUACCAACAUAUUUCUACAAUCAGUUUACAUGCAGAACAAGUUUUACUACUUGAUACUAGUAUGUAAUACUUUACUUUGCCUUUUAGUUCAUGGUUUACACAUUUACACGGUGUGCUUCCACGGGAGCUGCCGUUGUUGUGUGACAUCAGCUGCUACUCGUGAAGUCGGAGUACAGAUUUUUCCACAAGCAGGAAAUCCGACUUCACUUUUUCUAGUUGGAGGUUGGAAAUGUCCCAGUUCCAAGUUGCCUGGAACGCAGCAUAAAACUAAAAUAUAACUGUACUUCUGUUUAUUUGUAGUCCUUGGUGAAUGUACUCUCUAUCUGCUAAUACACACAGCACAUUAUUAUCACUGUACUGAGUGCUUAACCAGAACCCUAAAAACAUCCUGUAGACUGUCAGAAGAGUUUUGUCCCUCAUCAUCAAUAUUACUUCAUUUUCUUCAUAAUA